AUGUGCGCCAUGCAGCUGCUGCGGGUGUCGGUACAUGAGCGGAUCAGCGCAGCCGCUGAAGACUUUCUGCUGCAGGUGGAGAAAGAGGAACAAACGGCUCCAGUCCCGGCGCUGAGAUCGCUGCUCACCGAGCGGCUGACGGCGACGGCGAAGGAGAUCGCCGCUGUGUUUGAGGAAACCGUGGAAGAGUACGAAGACAGACUGGAGCGGUCAGAGCGGGAGAUCUGCCGCCAGAGGAGGCUGAUCGACGCCGUGAUGAAGCCCGAAAUAAGGCUGCACAGAGCAGACUUCCUGCAGCCGGUGGUGAGUAAAGAAGAGGUUCCCCCUGAGCAGCAGCAGUGGAGACCUCUUGCGGACCAGGAGGACCCAGAGCCCCCCUACAUUAAAGAGGAACAGGAGGAACCUUGGACCAAUCAGGAGGGAGAGCAGCUUCAACAACUGGAGGAGUCUGAUAUCAAGUUCACAUUGACUCCUUUCGCUGUGAAGAGUGAAGAAGACGAAGAGAAACCUCAUUCAUCACAGCUUCAUCAGAGUCAAAAUGAGGAGAACAGAGCGGACGUUGGAAGACCAGAACCAGCCAGGAACUCAGGUCCUGAUGGAUAUUCACAAACUGGUCCUGAGCACAAGACUGAAGAGUCUUCAGUGACUGAAGACAGUGAAGAUGAUUGGAUGGAGACCAGGGAGCCUGAUGGAUAUUUACAACCAGGUCCUGAGCACAAGUCUGAAGAGUCUUCUGAGACCGACGACAGUGAGGAUGAUUGGAUAGAGACCAGGGAGCCUGAGUCUGGUUUGAAUAUAAGAAACGACAAACAGCCUUUAAGUGAUAUGAUAUGUAAAACUGAUAAGAAACCAUUUAGUUGCUCUGAGUGUGUUAAAAGUUUUCGACGAAAGGACAUAUUGAAGAGACACAUGGGGAUUCAUACAGGAGAGAAACCAUUUAGUUGUUCUGAAUGUGGUAACAGAUAUAAGCAAAACCAAUAUUUAAAGUUACAUAUGAGAACUCAUACAGGAGAGAAACCAUUUAGUUGUUCUGAAUGUGGUAAAACAUUUAGCCAAAAGCCAGUGCUGAAUAUUCACAUGAGGAUUCAUACAGGAGAGAAACCAUUUGGUUGCUCUGAGUGUGCAGAAAGAUUUAGAUAUAAGAACCAACAGGAUGUACAUAUGAGGAGUCAUACAGGAGAGAAACCAUUUAGCUGGUCUGAAUGUGGUAAAUCAUUUAGCCAAAAGCAAAUGCUGAAUAUUCACAUGAGGAUUCAUGCAGGAGAGAAACCAUUUGGUUGCUCUGAUUGUGGUUAUAGAUCUACCCAUAAAUAUAAUUUAAAGAUACAUUUGAGAACUCAUACAGGAGAGAAACCAUUUAGUUGUUCUGUAUGUGGUUAUAGAUCUACCCAUAAAAAUAAUUUAAAGUUACAUAUGAGAACUCAUACAGGUGAGAAACCAUUUAGUUGUUCUGAAUGUGGUAAAAUAUUUAGCCAAAAGCAAAUGCUGAAUAUUCACAUUAGGAUUCAUACAGGAGAGAAAACAUUUGGUUGCUCUGAGUGUGCAGAAACAUUUAGAUGUAAGAAUCAGCUGAAUGAACAUAUGAGGAUUCAUACAGGAGAAACCCCCUUUAGUUGCACUCAAUGAGAUACAAAAUUUAGAGCUUCGGCUAAUUUAAAGAGACUCUUGAGAAUGCAUGCAAGAGAAAAACCAUUUAGUUGCACUCGGUGUGAUAGAAAAUGUACUCAAUCGGCUAAAUUAAAGAAACAAAUGAUAAUGCAUACGGAAGAGAAACCAUCUGGCUGCUCUGAGUGUGGUAAAAGAUUUAACAGAAUGUACAAUUUAACGAGUCAUAUGAGGAUUCAUAAAGGAGAACAGUGAUUCAGUUGCAUAGUUUGCAACAAAAAAUGUAUAAGGACUGAUCAGCAGCUAUUCAUAUUAUACAUAUUCAUAGUUUACUGUUGUGAAUAGAGAAUUAAGAGUCCCUCCUUCACCUGUUUUUAUCAGUUUAACAGUUUUUUGGAACGCAGCAUUGCACACGCUCCCACAGGCCCCGCCCCCACUCAAACACACAGACAAAGGAGAGAGGUGAACGAGGCGGUGGGUCUCGACUGGAAGCUACAGUUAAUUCAGGAUCAGAACAGAAGCAGUGGUUGGUUUGUAUUGUACCAGAGUCUGAGUGUCGUCCUCCACACUCACUGACCUGAGCUCACUUUACUGUUUCUCUAUAAAAAACAAUACUCAUCCAAAAUUAUUAAAGCCUGGACAGAACUUUGUGUUUGUUUGAUUCGCUCCAGAGUUUAAGAGAGACAUACACACCCACUAACCUAAUACAAUAGAAACCUAAAAGUUCAUCUGAAUCAUAACCACUCACUUUACUGAGCUGGUUAAAUAUAUCCCGGGAGAGAUGCCUCAAAUUUAUUCAGGAGCAAGUUUUCAGUCUAAACUGUGAAACAACACAUUCAGAUGUGAAGGUGAGAAAUCAGCUUUGUUUUGUAUAUAGAUCUGUUUUGUACAACAUUAUUUUUAUGUUUGCGUAUGAUGUGAAUGUAUCUGUUAAUA